GCCAUCGACGACGACGUGGAAAAACAAAUGGCAUACACUCGGAAGGCGCGCGCCUGUCAGUCGCGGAGUCUUUCUUCCUUUCCUUCCAACAAUUCUCCGUCGUUGAAGCGCUCGUUUUAAAAUUCUCCGUCGCAUCCCUCCGUCACGUUCUCUACCCGCCGCAACCACUCGUCCUUGACGUCAGGCUGCGCAUUGCUGCAGCUUCACCCAACACCUGCUUACGACACCCGCAUCUGCCGAAACGACUGCUGGCUUCGUCGCAAUCCGCGUGCGCUUCUGAAUCAAUCCGCGCUGCAUUCGCGCCCACGAUAGCAUCACAAUCAACCGCCAAGCGCUUGGGCAGCAGUUGCACAUCGUCACCGCGCAUCAGCCUCGAUCCGCCGCGUCCGAUCACCACCCACCACCCUCCUCUACCAAUAACUCGACAACCUCCACUACACCACAACAACAAUGGUCCUCUCCGGCUUCCUCUUCCUGUCGGUGCGAGUAUGGGAAAUCAUCAUCACCGUGCCCAUCGUGGGCAUGCUCGGCUGGCUGGUGCACGUCUUCGUGCACGCCAAUCUCCUCACACCCACCUACAUCCUGCUGCUCUUCAUAGUGGCAACGCUGGCCCUCGCAUGGGAGAUUUUCACGGUGAUUAGUUAUCUCCGUGCAAGACACGAUGCGCUGUUCAUAGCGUUCACCGACCUGUGCUUCCUCGGCGCCUUCAUCGCGGGCGUGGUGGUGUUGCGCUUCGUCACCAAGUACAACUGCUCGAGCGUUGGCCCUGUCUGGACGCCGCAGCACGGAGGCGUAUCCUACAGCUCCGAUCCGAGCAAGGUGUGUGCAGUGCUCAAGGCUAGCUUUGCCUUUGGCAUCAUUGACAUUCUGAACUUUGCCGUCACAUUUUUCCUCGCCCUCCUUGUAUAUCACCACCACCGCAACGACGAUCGCGUGGUGGUCAAGCGCGAAUAUUCUCGCUCAUCGCGACACAACUCUCGGCAUAGCAGCGGCAACCACCGAAGCAGCCGAGACUACGACCGUCGGCCGCGAAGCAACUCUGGUCGGCACUCGAGCAGGAGGCGCGAGUGGGUGUGAGGGAUGCGGACAAAGCAGAAGAGAAGACAUGGAUUGAAAUGCAGAUUGGAGUUUGGGAAGCGUUGGCGUACCGAUGAUCGAAGAACCACGGCGAUGGACUUAGCGUAAAGUAUGGACAUAGCGUGCGAGCGAGCGGACCCAUAGGUGU